CGCCCCAGGGAGACACGCUCGUGUAGAAGCCAUCGAGUCGCCUCGUAAAUCUUUCACCGGCCACAGCCCACAGGCUCAUCAUCGUUGCCUGUUUCUCUCCCUUUCAAAGCCUUAUCUUCUACUCAUCGUUUUCCUUCCAAAACAUCAGCUGACGUUCCUUCCCUCAUUUUUCUUACUAUUAUUUAUAUAUUUCCAUUGCCCUCCACACGCUCCACUGUCUUGCUUACAAGAGUAAGAUAUACCGAUUCUCUGUCCAAUUUCCAAUUUGCAAUGGAGGUUUCUCUGUCCUCCUUGGGGAUUGAUUGGCGGUAGGCUUUGAAUCAAGGCAAUACAAACACCUCAUCUUAACGAAUACGGGAAAUCGGAGAGACUUCAAGCGCCAGGCUAUGCUUCGCAUGUAAAUGAUGGAAACAGUGGGUCUGCAAACAAUCCCAUUGAUACAGCACUCAUGGGUUUAUUUGUUAAGGAUUGCACCACCAUUUUUGCAACAGACUCAACUUCUGUCAAUAUCUAAAUGUUUGAAACUCUGUCAUUAGUCUACAAUUGGGUGUGCGUUGCCUGCUGUGAGCAAGAACAAUUUGUUAUCAGCAUGAACUGAACACCUUUCCAUCCUUACAUUUAGAAAUAAUGAGAAGACCAGAAGACAUCCCUGUUCCUUCAAGGGAUCUAAGUGUUAGUUUUGGCUAUCAAUGCAGCACUACCAGCCCUCCCUCUGUUAAUGUACCAAAUGGAAUUGAUUUUUCGGAUGGGUUCAUGAUUCAAAAUUCUAAUAUGAAAACGAGGAGUAGUUCGUUUUCUUGUCUGUCUGGUGCUGCUCUUAGUGCUAAUGCCACUCUGGCAAACACAAAUAUCUGUAAUGGUUUUAUUGGAGAGGAGAUCCUGCCUAGUCUUGAUUCGCCAAGAUCAUUUAAAAGAAUGGCAUCUUCCCCCUCUCUUUCACGAGUAGACUCUGUCUUCUCAUCCUCUCAAAGCAGUAUGACUACAUUAGGUGGAAGUGCAUCAACAGAGAAUGACUUUGUUGAAAGUGAAAGGAACUUGUGGAAAUCAAUGAGUGCUCCUACCAGAAUAGAAUCCUCCAGCUUUCUCAAUGCGAUUGACGUACAAAUGGCUGGUGGAGCUGCAGGUGAGGACAGAGUCCAAGCUGUGUGUUCUGAAGAAAAUGGAUGGCUCUUCUGUGGCAUAUAUGAUGGAUUUAAUGGUCGGGAUGCUGCUGACUUUUUAGCUGGAACUCUUUAUGAGAACAUUGGGUUUUAUCUGCAUUUGCUGGAAUGGCGUGCAAAGAAGCACCAUGAUCCAUUUGAAAGUACCUUAGAAGAUGACACAGUCAGGAAUGAAAUGUUUGGGCAUAUUGCACCCAACAUUUCAGAUUCUGGAGGGAUAGGAACUAUCGUUCCACAUUCUUCAAGUGGAGAAUUCACAUGUGAACGGUUCCACCAUAGUGUGACGGAUUGCCUUAUUUGGGCUGUUGCCCAAGCUGAAAGUGAUUUUAUGUACAUGGUUGAACAGGAAAUGGAAGAUCGGCCUGACCUAGUGUCUGUUGGAUCAUGCAUCUUGGUGGGGCUUCUUCAUGGGAACAACUUCUAUGUUUUAAAUUUAGGUGAUAGCAGGGCCAUACUAGCAACAAAUGAGACUCGAGAGGAUGGUAAAUUGAAGGCCAUCCAGCUGACAGAAACUCAUACUGUGGACAAUGAAAUUGAAUAUAGAAAACUUUUGGAUGAUCACCCUGAAGAUCCUUCACCUGUCCUUAAUGGAAGAGUGAAAGGAAAGCUAAAGCUAACCCGGGCAUUUGGAGUUGGUUAUCUUAAAAAGAGCAAAAUGAAUGAUAUGCUGAUGGGCAUUCUUCGAGUACGAAAUUUGUGCAGUCCUCCUUAUGUUUACACACAUCCAUUCACCAUGAGCCAUACAGUGUCAGAGAAAGAUCAAUUCAUUGUUUUGGGAAGUGAUGGACUCUUUGAUUUCUUCAGCAAUGAUGAAGUUGUGCAACUUGUGCAUCUUUUUAUUCAGCAUAACCCCUCUGGUGAUCCUGCAAAACAUCUGGUUGAACAGCUCAUCCUCAAAGCAGCUGAUAAUGCAGGCUUCAGUACUGAAGAGUUGAUGAUGAUACCUGCUGGGAGAAGAAGGAAGUACCAUGACGAUGUUACUGUUAUUGUAAUCAUGCUUGGUAAUAAGCAAUGGACUUCUACUGCUUCAACAUCUCUAGACAAGCAGUUAAUCUGGAAAAUAAAGGCAAGGGUAGAAGCACCAUCCUCACUACUGUCAAUUUGCAUGGGAGGUCAAUUCCUGCCUUCUGCUAUUAAUCCUAAGGUCGAUCAGUCCCUCAGCCUACUAGUUGGACGCAGGAAGGAGUAUGAGUGGAAAGCACCCGCUAGCUGGGCCAUCUCUUCCUAUUUGUUGGAUUAUAGGACUCUUAUAUUGUUUUCUGAUACUUAUAUGUAGGAUUCAACUGAGUUUAAAUCCAUUGUAUAAUUAAAUUUCGUAUCAAGUAAUGGGUUAUUUCUCCAUAAUUUAAGUCCCA